AUGUAUACAUAUAUGGAAUACUUACAAAAGUGUUUCUACAAUUCAACAAAUUGGAAUGAAGAUAACAUCUUCUCCAAUAUCACGGCCACAUCACAAGCUCUUUUAGAGUUCAAUAUCCCCAAUGGAGUGAAGCUUGAUGUUUCCUCCAAGGCCACUGCAUUUCUGGCUUCAAGUUUUACCCUUUCCAAUCAUCAUUCAAUAAAUGGAUCUCUAGCAUAUUUAUAUUCUUCAUUACCAUUGAAGAAUACCAUGGGUACAAAGGAUGUUUCAUUACAAGAUGCUAUCUCUGGAUUCAAGAUUAUAGAACCAAAUAAUGAACAUUCGAAAAUAAAUUCAAAUCCAUUAAGUACAAAAAGUUCAUUACUUUAUGGAAGAAUGUAUUUCCCGGGUUCAGCUUUGGAGGCAAUGAUAAUAAAAAGAAUUUCAACUCAAACUCAAUUAUUGAUUAAAUGUAUUAGUAACCCAUAUUUGAAUAAAAGUGGUACCAUGAUUGUUUAUUUACAGAAAAAUACUCCAAGAUUUCUGAGAGAAUUCAUUUUUUCAACAAAUGAAUCAUUAUUUGGAUUUAGAUGUUUAUAUAAUCUUGGGAAUAAUUCUACUACUAACACUAAUAAUAAUUCUAAUGGUGGCAAUCAACUUAUGCCUAAAUUUGAUAAUUCUGUCAUGUCUAUUGGCACUGAAGUUUGGUACGCCGUUUUGAGCACUAGUCCUGGAUUAUCUACUGCUUUUAGAUAUUCUACAAGAUCUACAUCUACGGGGAAACCUUUAACUAUGACACUUGCAUGUAACCCGAUCUUGGGUCAUAUCUCGUCAACUUAUACUGUCAAAACAAGUGUAUCUUCAACUUUUUGUUCUAAAUAUGAUUUUAAUUGGUUUUCAUAUGCCAGUAACUUAUCAUUGGGAUUUGAAUUGUAUAAUUAUAGUAAUCCUAGAUAUCAUAAAGAAUUUUCAAAUGAAUUAAUGAGAUCUAAGAUACGACAAGAAUCAUCACAAUCACAACUGAAUUCACCUUCUCAGCCACAACCAUCUAUACCAAUAGGUCCAAUUUCAUAUAAGGAAAACCCACAAAUCAUGAAUCCAAUCCAAAACUUUGAUAAUUACUAUCAUAUAAAUCCUACACUACUUCCUAGUAAACAUGAACAUGAGUCUAUGGAUGAGAAGAUUCAGAGGAAAGAAUUAAAUACACCAGAUCAAUAUAAUCAAAGUGUCAUGACAGAAUUUAAAAAUCUUGUUAACGAAAGUGAUUUUGCAAGUGUCUUGAAAAUAUCUACCAGUGUAAACGAUAAAGUACUUAAAUUAUUAUGGGAAGGUCGUUUUAAAGAUUUUUUGGUCAGCACUGGGGUGCAACUUUCUUAUAAUCAUCACACAUAUGCACCAGAAAUGAACAGAAUUGGAAUAAGUUUUUCUUAUGCCAGUUGA